CUAAAGCAGACCUCACUCAGUCCCACACAGAUGUGGACAGAGAAACUGCUCAUUAUCAAUCAACGAACACAAACAAGUUGAAGACUGCUCAGUCCCCCCUGUUAAAGUUUCCAGAUUGUUUGAACUUCUCCGGCCGCACAAUACAGGAGGGAAGGCUGAAGCAGCAGAGGACCCACAGUGUCUGCAGCAUGGGCUGGUUCGCUAGGAUUGUCUGUCUUUUCUGGGGAGUGUUACUUACAGCGAGAGCAAACUAUCAAAAUGGGAAGAACAAUGUGCCAAGGCUGAAAUUAUCCUACAAAGAAAUGUUGGAAUCCAACAAUGUGAUCACUUUCAAUGGCUUGGCCAACAGCUCCAGCUAUCAUACCUUCCUUUUGGAUGAGGAACGGAGUAGGCUGUAUGUUGGAGCAAAGGAUCACAUAUUUUCUUUCAACCUGGUUAAUAUCAAGGAUUUUCAAAAGAUUGUGUGGCCGGUAUCUUACACCAGGAGGGAUGAAUGCAAGUGGGCUGGAAAAGAUAUCCUGAAAGAAUGUGCUAAUUUCAUCAAGGUGCUUAAGGCUUAUAAUCAGACUCACUUGUACGCCUGUGGAACGGGGGCUUUUCAUCCAAUUUGCACCUACAUUGAAAUUGGACGUCAUCCUGAGGACAACAUUUUUAAGCUGGAAGACUCGCAUUUUGAAAAUGGCCGUGGGAAGAGUCCUUAUGACCCUAAACUGCUGACGGCAUCUCUUUUAAUAGAUGGAGAACUAUACUCUGGAACAGCAGCUGAUUUUAUGGGGCGAGACUUUGCUAUCUUCCGAACUCUUGGGCAUCACCACCCAAUCAGGACCGAGCAGCACGAUUCCAGGUGGCUCAAUGAUCCAAGGUUCAUUAGUGCCCACCUCAUCCCAGAGAGUGACAACCCUGAAGAUGACAAAGUAUACUUUUUCUUCCGUGAAAAUGCGAUAGAUGGAGAACACACUGGAAAAGCCACUCAUGCUAGAAUAGGUCAGAUAUGCAAGAAUGACUUCGGGGGCCACAGAAGUCUGGUGAAUAAAUGGACAACAUUCCUCAAAGCUCGUCUGAUUUGCUCAGUGCCAGGUCCAAAUGGCAUUGAUACUCAUUUUGAUGAAUUGCAGGAUGUAUUCCUAAUGAAUUCUAAAGAUCCUAAAAAUCCAGUUGUGUACGGAGUGUUUACAACUUCCAGUAACAUCUUCAAGGGGUCAGCUGUGUGCAUGUAUAGCAUGAGUGAUGUGAGAAGAGUGUUCCUUGGUCCAUAUGCUCACAGGGAUGGUCCCAACUACCAGUGGGUGCCUUAUCAAGGAAGAGUCCCCUACCCACGACCAGGAACUUGUCCCAGUAAAACAUUUGGUGGAUUUGACUCUACAAAAGACCUCCCUGAUGAUGUUAUAACAUUUGCAAGAAGCCAUCCAGCUAUGUACAAUCCAGUGUUUCCUAUUAAUAACCGGCCGAUAAUGAUCAAAACAGAUGUCAAUUAUCAGUUUACACAAAUUGUAGUAGAUCGAGUGGAUGCAGAAGAUGGACAGUAUGAUGUCAUGUUUAUUGGAACAGAUGUUGGGACUGUUCUUAAAGUAGUCUCAAUUCCUAAGGAGACUUGGCAUGAUUUAGAAGAAGUUCUGCUGGAAGAAAUGACAGUUUUUCGGGAACCAACUGUUAUUUCAGCAAUGGAGCUUUCCACUAAACAGCAACAGCUGUACAUUGGCUCCACUGCGGGGGUGGCGCAGCUCCCUUUACACCGAUGUGAUGUUUACGGGCAAGCCUGUGCGGAGUGCUGCCUGGCCCGAGACCCCUACUGUGCCUGGGAUGGCUCUUCAUGCUCUCGCUAUUUUCCUACUGCAAAGAGACGCACGAGACGACAAGAUAUAAGAAAUGGAGAUCCACUCACUCACUGUUCAGACUUACAACACCAUGAUAAUCACCAUGGCCACAGCCUUGAAGAAAGAAUUAUCUAUGGAGUAGAAAAUAGUAGCACGUUUCUGGAAUGCAGUCCCAAGUCACAGCGAGCUCUGGUCUAUUGGCAGUUCCAGAGACGAAAUGAAGAGCGAAAAGAAGAGAUCAGAGUGGAUGAUCAUAUCAUCAGGACGGAACAAGGCCUUCUACUGCGUAGUCUACAGCGGAAGGAUUCAGGCAGUUACCUCUGUCAUGCCGUGGAACACGGUUUCAUGCAAACUCUUCUUAAAGUGACCCUGGAAGUCAUUGACACAGAGCAUUUGGAAGAACUUCUUCAUAAAGAUGAGGAUGGAGAUGGCUCUAAGACCAAAGAAAUGUCCAACAGCAUGACACCCAGCCAGAAGGUCUGGUACAGAGACUUCAUGCAGCUCAUCAACCACCCCAACCUGAACACAAUGGAUGAGUUCUGUGAACAAGUUUGGAAAAGGGACCGAAAACAACGUCGGCAAAGGCCAGGACACACCCAAGGGAACAGUAACAAAUGGAAGCACUUACAGGAAAAUAAGAAAGGUAGAAACAGGAGGACCCACGAAUUUGAGAGGGCACCCAGGAGUGUCUGAGCUGCAUUACCGCUAGAAACCUCAAACAAGUAGAAACUUGCCUAGACAAUAACUGGAAAAAAUGCAAUAUACAUGAACUUUUUUCAUGGCAUUAUGUGGAUGUUUACAAUGGUGGGAAGUGCAACUGAGUUCCACCGAUUAUAAAUUAAGUCCAUGAGUAACUUUCCUAACAGGCUUUCUUCCUAAUACCAACACCUAAUGGAGGUCAGGUGAACGCAGACAUUCACUGCAGCAGACUCAAAUGUUUCUUAUGAGAUUUUACUGUACAAAUUUUGCUUUCUUCUUUGCCUGAGAAGUAAAAAUGUCAUUUGCCAUAUUGCCAUCUAAAGAAGAAAAACUGCAUCAGCAAAGCCAUUUUAUUAAACUAGAAGUUUAAAGUAAACUGCAUGGAUUUACUAAGCUGAUGAAUAUUCCAAAACAUUGUUGGAUUCAAGGAUAUUUUUUGUCUACCAGCACUCAUGUUGAUAUGUACUGGAGGAGUAAACUGAUACCGAAUGAAAUGAUCUGUGGAAAUAUAAAAAACAAACCAUCCAUCAUCCAGAAGAAAAAUAGAAUACACUGAUCUACUACUGAUGUCUUCUUCCAGCUUUGAUCUAAAGAUGUAUUUUAUUAAAACUAUAAUUUAAAUAUACCGUGACAAAUAUGCAGAAAAAUUAGCUCUUUUCUAAGUUAGAGUAGGUUUUUGUCUUACAAGUAUUGUGCUAUAUAGUUUUUGUUUUUAAAAACUCCAGUUGUGUGCUGCUUUUUUUAAAAAAAAUUUGUUUUUAGUUUUGCAAGAGGGAUAACCAGUAUUGUUCUGGAAACACAUAUACAUCAUUAACAAUUCCUAAAGUCUGGCUAUAAAUUAUGCUGUAUUUCUCUAAGGAAUUCAGAAAAAAAUAACACCUCCCCUUCUUUAAAUAUCAUCUAAAUUAAUUAGAACCUGCAUAUUGUUCUUAGAAAAACAGAGCAUUUAACGUGGAAAAAAGAGAAGAAAUUGGUUGGUAAAUGCAUUUUGUUGUACCUAACGGAUCAAUGAAAAGAAAAGGAAGUGCGUAUUUCAUAAAAAUAGUAAGCAUUGUUAAUAGAAAAUGUCUUAAUUCUUUGCCUGAAUUGCCACGUGAUAUUUGAGAUGUAAAAACACUCUAGUGACUCCAGUAGGAAUUUUAUCUGAGUUAACUGAAUUUUUUUUGAGAAGUGGAAGAUCAGUAAUAUUCAGAACAACAUCCUAGAAGCAGAUUUCCGAAUUCUGUUUACAUCUGUAUCAGCUGCCUCUUAUCCCACCUUGUUUAAGACAAUGAUCUGUCUAAAGAACGCAUGAGUCUUUUCAUGUCAGUGGUUUCCCAGGACACAACCCACACUCGACACAUGGAAAGCACUGUCUUCUGCAACAACUUAUAAAAUAUAAGCUAAAAGAUUAUUAAGGGCUUGCCUGCUUCAUUGUCCUAAGAUGAUUCCCUGAGAAUCACUAACUCCAAGAUGUGUAAGACCUUCAGCACUGCAAUGCAGUUUCUUUUGCACUGCACUCACCUUUCUGAGAAUCCCUCCCUAGGUCCUUUUUCCUGCACAAAAAUGCAAAGGAAACAUCUUAUUGCUAAUUAAUGAAAGCAGCACUGAAAUUCUAACUCUAGCUUCUUGGGAUUCUAAUUAACUCAGCAUUAAUUUC